AUGGAGCGAAUAGCAUUGCUGCAUAAGGCACGUUGGGGCGUGUGGCACGGUUAUCCGCACACGCUGUCCUUAGGCACACAGGCGGCGGUCGCACACACCAUUCCUUUGCUUGCGCUGCACCUUCCGCAACCUUUCCUUCCACGCUUUCCUUCCUUCUGCCUUUCCCUGCCCGCGCCUUCCGCUUCCCGCGCCCCCGCCCUGCCCUCGCCUCGCCUUCCCCUGCCCUCCCAUUCCCCGCCCCCGCGCCUACCCCUGCCCGCGCCUCCCCUUCCCGCGCCUCCCCUGCCCGCCCCUGCCCCUUCCCGCGCCUUCCCUGGCCAUCGCCUUCCCCUGCCCGCGCCUCCCCCUUACCGCACCUUCCUCUGCCCGCGCCUACCCCUUCCCUUCCCCUGCUUUCCCCUGCCCUCCACCUUCCCCAAAUAUCUUCUUCCAUCUCACUGUCCUCACCUUCCCCUGCCCUCACCUUCCCCUGCCCUCACCUUCCCCUGCCUGCCCUCACUGCGCUCAUCUUAUCGUGCCCUCGCCGUUUUCUCGCCUGGGAUCCAGCUCUCUUCUGCAGCCCAAAGCCCACCGCUCUUCCACUGGAACCUCCCUGAAUAUAAUUCUCCGUGUCAUUGUCCGCAUCUCUCCCCGCCCACAUGCACGCAUGGCAGUCAGCUUACGGCCUGGGUUCCUCCUCUCUGCUGCCGCCCAAAACCAUCUCCCUCCCUCCCGUGCAACCUCCCUCAUAUGGCAACCCUAUUGAUCUCACCCUCCCCAUUUUCCCCUACCCACCUCUGUGCCCCUGCCUACUUGUGCCUUCCUUCCCGCAUGGCACAUGCACGCAUGGCAGUCAGCCUACGGGCUGGACUCGCCCUCUCUGCUGCCGCCCAAUUCCGCAUGGCAGUCAGCCUACGGGCUGGACUCGCCCUCGCUGCUGCCGCCCAAGACCAUCUCCCUCGCACGCAACCUCCCGCCGCCCGCCCACCUCGAGGACUGCACCGCCCGCACGUCCGCCAGACAGGGCGCCGAGAGGGCCGGGGCGGCGUGGGCGGUGCCGGGCGGCAACGGCUCGUGUAUGGCCCUGACGACAGCAGUCUAGCCCUCACGCGCACGGUGCAGCGGGACAUCUGGCUCUCGCAGUUCCCUCCUGGCUCCUGCGAUGGAAGGCACCUGCUCAUUGUGCCCUGGGUGCUGCCAGCCAGUGGUGACGCAGGGCUGGGAACAGGGGGAGGAGGAGGAGGAGGAGGAGGAGUGGAGGCGGGGGAGAGCGGUUCAGAUGGGCUGGGAGGUUUGGAGGGGCUGGGUCUGCAGGUGCAUGUGAUGGGUGCGCUGCUGGGGUUGGCGGUGGAGACAGGGCGCGUGUUGGUCCCACUCUCAGGCUCCUUCAGCUAUGCCAACAACUCUGCAUGUAAAGCCAUGGGCCAGCAGGGCCAGUGGGGGUGCUACUUCUCCCCCAUCGCCUCCUCUGACUGCUCCAAGCGCGCACAGAAGGAGAUGCAGAGUGGUUCACUGCGGUCGCGGUGCAGCGGCAAGCACAUUCGCAACGUGGCACUCUCAGCAGAGCCCAUAGUCUGCCUGCACCCCGACUUUGACCACAACGAACUCAAGCUGCACGCUGCUGUUGCCACCAAAUGGGGAGCACCUCACCUGCAGCGUCCAGAUACACUGUACCGCCCAACAUGCCGGCCCCCCACUCCUGACAACCCCUCUCUCUCCGUGUCUCAG